AUGGCAUCGGGUCCUGAUACCCAGCGCCGCCUCUAUGCUCAACCAAAUGCCCUCUCCUCUACUAGCCUUCUGCCCCCCUCCGCCCGUCCUAACCCAAGCCUGCGGUCCAUGCCCAGCAACUCGUCUUUGAAUGAUUCUCCUUAUGUUACAUCUGCCCGUCAGUCUUACCAGAGUGCGUCCGUAACCGACAAGUUUUCCCUUGCUGUUGAUCCUACAUCAUGGGGAACGGACGUCUCUCCCAACCAGCCCGAGCCCGACGAUUACCUCCAUAACCCUGAUCCUCGUCGCGACCGCAAGAACGAUCGUGGUGGAAAUAUCUUCACUUACAGGGGUCUCACCAACCUUGGUUGUCUUCUCUUCCUUGUCGUCGUCCUUCUCACCCUUUUCGCCGGCUACCCAUUGAUCUCCUACUUUACCAAACAGGAGCUUUCCAACAAUGGUGGCUUCAACUUUGGAGGAAUUAAUGCUAGUGGACAGAUCCCGACCAUUCCGAACAACUUCGGGUUGAUUGACGUCGACACUCCCUCAUCCGCCCACAAUUUCAAGUCUUUUAACGACGGCUCUGAAUGGGAGCUCGUAUUCAGUGACGAGUUUGAGCAAGAGGGCCGGACUUUCUGGCCUGGAGAUGACCCGUACUGGGAAGCUCUUGACUUGCAUUACUGGCAGACAGAUGAUCUCGAGUGGUAUAGUCCCCAAGCAGUCACCACUAAUAACGGUGCUCUCGAAAUCACAAUGAGUAAGAAGAAGAUCAACAAUCUCAAUUACAUGAGUGCUUCCAUCUCGACGUGGAACAAGUUCUGUUUCACUGGAGGUCUGGUCUUAGUGUCUGUCAGUCUUCCGGGAAGCAGCUCUGUUAGCGGUCUCUGGCCUGCUGUCUGGGCCAUGGGCAACCUUGGUCGUACUGGCUAUGGUGCCACUCUGGACGGAAUGUGGCCAUACAGCUAUGAUUCCUGUGACGUUGGCACAGUCGCCAACCAGACACAUAAUGGUGGCCCCCCUGCUGCUUUGAAAAACGGUGAUCCGUACAACGGGAACGUUAUCUCAUACCUUCCUGGUCAGAGGUUGUCUCGCUGCACCUGCCCUGGGGAGAGCCACCCGGGUCCUGUGCACGAAGAUGGUACCUUUGUCGGUCGCUCCGCCCCUGAGAUCGAUAUCUUUGAGGCUCAAGUCAGCGGAGGUCCGAAUACUGCCGGUCUUUCACAAUCAGCCCAGUGGGCGCCGAUGAACCACGGAUACAUCUGGCAGAACACAUCGGCGAACUUGAAGAUCCCCAACCCUAAAUUGACGCAGCAGAACUCUUACACUGGUGGUGUAUUUCAGCAGGCUGUCUCUGGUGUUACCAAAGCCAACGGGAGUUGCUUCACUCAGGAGACCGGCUGCUUCGCCGAGUAUGGCAUUGAGUACAAGCCCGGAUACAGCAACGACAGCGCGUACAUCAGCUGGAUUGCGAACAGCCAGGUUGCAUGGACCCUGGAGGCAGCAGGCAUGGCUGCUGACCCCUUGACUGAGAUUAACGACCGACCUAUCAUGGGAGAGCCUAUGUACAUCAUCGCGAACCUGGCCAUGUCCGAGAACUUCGUCACCGUCGACUACGACAACCUCGUGUUCCCCGCCACUAUGCGCAUCGACUGGGUUCGCGUGUACCAACCAAAGGGCGCGACCAACGUCGGCUGUGACCCUGAAGAUUACCCGACCGCUGCCUAUAUUGCACAAUACCCCGAGGCUUAUAACAACCCCAACCUCACAACAUGGACCGGGGACUACAAGCAACCUAUGCCAAAGAACUCGUUCCUUGGGCAGUGUUAA